AUGUCUCUUCCCGCAGCCGCCCCAGCAACCGCAGGCUCCACGCUCCGGGAUCACCGCCGCCCGCCGGGAUGGGCGGGACAGGCCCGCCCCGGCGCCGCGGGAUCGGCCGGGAUCUCCUCCGGCUGCUCUUACUCUCUCACGUUGUUACCAACUAGACAGCCCAGCAGGUGUGUCCAGGGAAGACAUGUUCCCCUCUCAGGCAGGUGGCUUUCACCUCCAUUUCACACUGACCUGGUGAUCAGGUGUUUGACCCAGUAUAGAUCUGUUCUCUGCUGUGAGAUGAGGAGCUACAGAGCCUCUAGAAUCACAUAUAGAAGUGCACAACUACCUCUCCAACGUUCAGGAAGAGAAUGGGUGAAACAAGGUAAUUGUCAGAGAAAUUAUUCUGAGUCAACAGCUCACAUAUUGCACACACUACAAUUAGUCAGGUGCCUUUACAAAGCUGAUCUGAAGUUCCCUACCAUGCCUGGGGCACAGACAAUUCCCUUUCCAUCCCUAUUAAAGACAGGGAUGCUUAGAAGACUCGUGAUGGAAAAAGAGAAGUCAGAGAAAGGGAGGAGUGAAGUCAUGAACUUCAUGAUCAAGUGCUUACAUAUAUCAUAGUCCUUCCCUUGGCUUUUUUUUAACCCAGAAAAACUUGGAUGCAAUAUCAAUAUAAAUACAAAAUUAAUUACAUACAUGACAAUUAAAAGCCUAAUGAGUUUAUUAACAUCAGACAAUUAAGUCUGCUAUUCAGUGAAGCCAGUAUAUAGGAAAUAUGAUCAAGGAUAUAGGACAUACAGAUCAAAAACAUUGAUAUCUAUUGCUUUAGCUCAACCAUAGUUACUGUACCUUAGGCAGGAAUUAAUUCAGGGAAGCCCUGUUGCCUGUGUGAUGUAGGAGGUCAUAUUACACAACCAUGUCAGUCCCUCUAGCCUUACAAUCCAUGAAUAUAAAGUUUAAAACCCACUAAAGCCUUGUCACAUUUAUUUUAUUAAUGCUCCCACACUUUUGCUCAUUCCUGGGAGAUUUGCCCCUAUUUUAUCUUGCUCUGUGUGGCACUAAGCUUUGAAAUUCUGCUACUACUAGAGCACACCAGCCCCAAAGGGUCAAAUUCCUGACAAAAUCCCUUUUAUAGUGACUCCAGGCUGCUUUUAUGGCCAGUUGGGGUCCAGCACUGGAGCACAAACUGGGCUUUUCCAAGCUAAGUGUGGCCUUGAUGCCUGUACAAAUUCCAUGGGCGUUGCAAUAAACAUUGGUUACUGAUGUUUACUUCAUAUGCAUAAUUUCAGUUAAUUUAUUCCCAUCCUCCCCAGUCUACUUCAUAAAAACUUUAUGCUCUGCAAUUCAGCCAGUUAAAUCAAAAUCUUCUGUAGAAAACUCUGGAUUCUGUGAGCUGUACUGAUACUGAGUGAAGUAAUUUUCUAUGGACAACUCUCUACACCUGAAAUUAGCAGCAUUUUUCUUUCAGUUAUUUGAAGAAGACAUAAAGCAAAUGUAAUUCCUGUGAGUUAUUCAUUAAGGUUAACAGAUUAUGAGACUUUCAGGUAAAUUUUUUUACCCAAAUUUUCAGAG